CUUUUGCAACUGAAGACUUAAAUAUUUGGAUAUACGGUUUUUCCAUUAGUAUUUUAAAUAUUUCCUAAUCGUUUACUAUCUGUGUAGUGUGUACGCAUCAGUCAAAGAAAAUAAAUUUUAUAAAAUUAGAUUACAUUUAAAAUACUUUAUGGAAACUCAAGAUAAGUCCUCUGGAAACCGUCGCAGCGAACUUGGCAGAAAGGUGCUUUACGUCUAUAACUUAGAUGGUAUGUUUUCCUUCGAAGAUCAACUUGUAAAUAAUUUAAAUAUUUUAUUUAUUUAUUAAUUAAUCGUUAUUUUUAUUUUAUUUUUAUUUUUUGUAACUGUAAUCUUUAUUUUUAGAUUGAAGAAAACGAUGAUAAUCCAUCGAUAAUCUUAUUCUGGUGAAAGCGGCAUAUAGCCAUAUACCAAGAAAAAAACAGAUGAAACUAAAAAAGAUUCUUUUAUGAGAAAGAUCAUCCACUUGGUAGAAAUUCAGACGGAAUCAUUUCUUUCUUCCUAAGCUUCCAACAGCUUGAUCCAAGAACGAAUUAACAAUCUUGUGUUUGGGAUAAAUUUAAAUUUAAAUUUAAAUUUAUUAAUUUUAUUAACAUUUUGAUUAACUUUUUUGGGGCGGUAUCAAAAAACAAAUGUCAUUUGGUCGGGUUAGCCCAUCCAUCCAACUCUUCUUCUUCACAGCUUCGUAUGUUGAUCUCAAGAUUGUGAAGUAAUUGAGGAACAAGGAUGAGAGGAUUGCAGAUUUGGAGACCCUAAAUGCUACAAUCAUUAUACUCAAAUGGCUGAAGCCCAAGUUCAAAUGGCGGCAAAUCAGGCUCAAGUGGCAAAAAUUAAGAAGAUGAACCAGAUUAUGAUGGGCAAUAUGAAGCAAUUGUUUCCAAAUAACUUUUGGUUUUUCUAACUUUUAAAACUUUUAAAUAUUUUUAUUUUAUUUUAUAAAACUUUAUGUAGUAUUUUAAAUUUACAAUAUCAAUUUCAAGUUUAGAUUUUUUUUUUUAAUGUUUUAGGUUUCUAUUUUUUCUUUAAAUAUACAUUGGAAAAUUCCUAACGAGUUUUACCUGUCGGAACAUUUUUUACCAGUGAAAACUGUUUGUUAGGAAUUUUUUUGACAUACACUUCAUUCGUAGAAAUAAUUUCCCAAAAUUUCAUUGAAAUAUAUUGCCGGCAACUGUUUUCGUCGGUAUUUCACCGAGGAUGUGUCAGUUGGAGUUCGUCUAAUGGUCCGACGAAAUCUUGACAAAAAAUUUCCCAACUUGUUAAAAUUGACAAAUAUUUUUGUCAGAAAUUCGUUGUGAGUGACUUUUUCUAAAGAAAUUGUCCGUAGAAAAUAGCGUGAAAAAUAUAAUUUUAAGAACUAAUCAGUCCAUCUGAACAUGUCAUUGGUAAAUUUCACGGUUGACUGACACCAUUUCGGUUCAAAGCAUGUUAGAAAUAUUUAAAUAUCUCUUUUCUUUAAUACUAGGUAACACAUUACAUCAUCAUAUAAUAUUUAAUUACACGUUGAUGAUCAACUACCUGCAAUAUAUGCGAUAUUGAUGAACAGCUCCACAAAUAAGGAUUCUACGAUGAAGAUCUCCGUGAAACACUUGUAUGUACGACAUCCUCGACAUGCUCCCUUUGCAGCAAAUGACCACAACGAACGGCCUCUAGAACCUACGAUAAGCUUUGCAUCAUAUCAUCUACAAGAAAUUGUAUAGUCUAGGAUUCAAAUUCCAGACAUGGGUGUAGAAGCUUUUAAAGUUUAACCAGUAAGUUACGGCUCUUCCACAUUUAAAAUAUAUCUGGUUAUGCAAUUUAGAUUAUUUAUUAAAAUAUAUCUGGUUGUUCGAAAAAAGAUUAUUUAUUAGUGUAGAAAUGUUUUAGUAGGUACUAGGUAAUUAGGUUGAUAUAGUUUGUGCAUUCAUUUUCUCAGUGACCUAUAAUGCGGAAACGAAUAAGCCAUACUCCCGGAUGCAUCAGCAUGACUCGGGGACUCAGGCUCUCACAUUCGUCCAAGACCUCAUCUCCUAGAAACAUGUACUUGUCCUAAAGAGUCACUGGAUCAACAUUUUAAGAUUCUCUUACAAAUAAUCAAACAUUUAUGAUUCUAUACAAAGAAUCAAAUAUUUAAUAUGAUAAAAAUUCAAAUAUUUAGUUCAAUAAAAUGAAUCAAUAUUUAAGAUUCGAUGAAAGCUACAUGUAAAUCAAUAUUAGGAUCAUCACAAAUUUUCGAACUAAAACUAGCUUUUAUACGUCUAUCUCUGCAGCUUAUUUAAUAAUUUGGCACAUAUGAAACAUAUAAUUUAAGAUUUUUUAACCAAAACUAAACAUUUUCCCUCAGCAAAUUCAGGGAUAUAUUUCCUUAUAUUUUAUGUUACAGUCAAUGAUAAUCAAAGGCCAAACUGGAAUGUAAUCCUAAUUCCGAAUCAUACUUCCUUUAGUGGAAAUAUCACUAAAGAUAUAAUACCAAAGUUAAUGCAAAACAUUAAUUUCCAACAAAUCUGUAACUCAAUUAGGAUCUCAAAUCAGACACAAUUUGAGGAAGACAACUCUUCUGUAUGCGAGUGUGUUUCAUUAACUAAUUUAUAGGUAUCUCCUCUAUGUAUAUAUGAUAUUCAUGAAUGUGAGCGUGUGUGUAUUUGCAUAUUUAAAAGAGAACCUCAAGAACAGUUACAUAAACACAAUCACACAAACACAUAACUUCGGCUUUAUCUUAUCUUAUGCAUAGCAGAUAGACAAACCAGCAUACUACUUUUUCUGUUCUUGACGACCAAUGAGAGACAACAUCACAGAGAUGAGAUCUGAUUCUGAAUCGGACUAUGAUCCUUACGGCGACGAUGAGAUGAGUAUAGUUCCACAAGUGGAACUAACGGUGCCUAAAACAGACGAUCCAACUUCACCGACGGUUACAUUCAGGAUGUGGGUUUUGGGCAUAACCGCUUGUGUUCUCUUGUCAUUUCUCAACCAGUUCUUUUGGUACAGAACCAAUCCUUUGACCAUCUCAUCUGUGUCGGCUCAGAUUGCUGUUGUUCCCGUUGGUCAUCUCAUGGCUAGGGUUCUUCCGACAAGGAUAUUCUUCGAAGGGACGCGGUGGUCUUUCACUAUGAAUCCUGGCCCGUUUAGUACAAAAGAACAUGUUCUUAUAACCGUGUUCGCAAACUCAGGCUCUGGAGCUGUUUACGCCAGUCACAUUCUUAGUGCUGUUAAGCUUUAUUACAAGAGACGGCUUGAUUUCAUUCCUGCUUUACUCGUUAUGAUUACAACUCAGGUAUUGGGAUUCGGUUGGGCUGGUUUGUAUAGGAAACAUUUAGUUGAACCUGGUGAGAUGUGGUGGCCAAGCAAUCUCGUUCAAGUGUCACUCUUCAGAGCCUUGCAUGAGAAGGAGAAGAGAUCAGAAUGGGGAGUUACUAGAAACCAGUUCUUCGUUAUCACACUAAUCACCAGCUUCUCCUACUAUCUUCUCCCAGGCUACCUCUUCACUCUCUUGACCACCGUCUCUUGGUUAUGUUGGAUUAGCCCUAAAUCGAUUUUAGUAAACCAGCUCGGUUCAGGGUCAGCUGGUCUUGGUAUCGGUUCCUUUGGUUUAGACUGGUCAACCAUCGCUUCUUACCUCGGAAGUCCACUCGCUAGCCCGUUCUUUGCCACAGCAAACAUCGCGGUCGGAUACUUUAUUCUGAUGUACGUAAUCACACCUCUAUGCUACUAUCUAGACUUCUUCAACGCCAAGACCUUCCCAAUCUACUCAGGCAAACUCUUUGUAGCAAACGGGCAAGAAUACAACGUGAGGAGCAUCAUCAAUGACGAGUUCCGCCUUGAUCACAAGGCUUAUGCGGAGACAGGACCAGUCCACAUGAGCACUUUCUUUGCUGUUACUUAUGGGUUAGGUUUCGCUACCUUGACUGCUAGUGUUGUACAUGUCUUUCUUUUCUACGGAAAAGAUCUUUGGAACCAAACCAGAGGAGCUCUACGUAAGGACAAGAAGAUGGAUAUACAUACAAAGAUCAUGAAGAGGAACUACAAGGAGGUUCCUCUAUGGUGGUUUCUGUCUAUUUUCGCGGUGAAUAUUGCUGUGAUUGUCUUCAUAUGUGUUUACUAUGAGAAACAGAUUCAGCUUCCCUGGUGGGGAGCUUUCUUGGCUUGUUUGAUAGCUAUAUUCUUCACUCCUCUUGUUGGUGUAAUCAUGGCCACUACUAACCAGGCUCCAGGUUUGAAUAUUAUCACUGAAUACAUCAUUGGGUAUGCAUAUCCAGAGAGACCUGUUGCUAACAUAUGCUUCAAGACUUACGGAUACAUCAGCAUGUCCCAGUCGCUGACUUUCCUUGCUGAUUUGAAGCUUGGUUCUUACAUGAAGAUCCCACCAAGAACUAUGUUUAUGGCACAGGUUGUGGGAACUUUAGUAGCAGUGUUCGUGUACGCAUUGACAGCAUGGUGGCUAAUGGCCGAGAUCCCAAACCUCUGCGACACAUCUCUCCUUCCACCAGAAAGUCAAUGGACGUGCCCAACGGAUAGAGUCUUCUUCGACGCAUCAGUAAUAUGGGGGCUUGUAGGACCAAGAAGAAUGUUUGGUGAUCUUGGAGAGUAUUCAAACAUAAACUGGUUCUUCCUAGGAGGUGCAAUAGCUCCAACACUGGUCUACCUAGCCACUAGAGUCUUCCCAAAAAAGAAAUGGAUCUCAAGCAUUCACAUGCCAGUUCUGAUUGGAGCCACUGCUAUUAUGCCACCUGCUACUGCGGUUAACUUUACAAGCUGGCUAGUAAUGGCGUUUGUGUUUGGACACUUUUUGUUCAAGUACAAAACAGAAUGGUGGCAGAGGUACAACUAUGUUCUGUCUGGAGGGAUGGAUGCAGGGACUGGGUUUAUGUCUGUGCUUUUGUUUCUUGCGUUGCAACGUAGUGACAUAAUGCUUGAUUGGUGGGGAAACUCUGGUGAAGGCUGUCCUGUUGCUAAAUGCCCAACUGCUAAAGGUGUGGUUGUUCAUGGGUGUCCUGUUUUCUAGACCAUUUAGGUUUGUACUUAAGUUUAAUUUGGUUAUGUUUUGCUACAGUAUUCCUUUUAAUACAUUUUCCAUUACAAUGUUGGUUAUAUGUUUUUUAUUUAUUUCUGUAUUGUUUCUAUAAAUAAAAUUGCUUAUUUGUGGAUGAUAGGUUGGAAAAGAGUUGCUAGUUUUCUUACAUGGAAUCCAAACAACAUUAUGGGUCAAU